UAUUUUUAUUUACGAUUUAACUCUCCCGAGACUUUUGUCCCACUGCCGCCUCUGUUUAGUCUUUAGUACCCUAAAACCCCAAAAUUAUCAGUGAUUUUCGUUAUUCCAUUGAUCCUUUCGCCAAUAUCCAACGCCAUCUCUGUCUUCACCAUUUUCAGUCACGAUCGAAAUCUGCUGGGCCCUGGAGGUUUCGUUUCUCCAUACAAAUCGACACAGUGAAAGCAGGCAAUCGUUGUAGGGGAAUGGCUCUCAGGCUGGUAACUAAGAAUCUCAGCGGUCGAAUCUCGCCCAAGCUGUGUUCUGCUUCUCUGUUACAUUCACAUGCCACAAGUUUUGGGUUUAAAGAAGUACGAGAAGAAGAGAAAAGCCAAAUGGUUGGUAAAGUCUUUAGCAAUGUUGCUUCAAACUAUGAUCUCAUGAAUGACUUCAUGAGUGGCGGACUACAUAGACUGUGGAAGGAUAGAUUGGUUUCCAAACUGAGCCCAUUUCCAGGAAUGAAACAUCUUGAUGUAGCUGGUGGAACAGGUGAUGUUGCUUUCAGGAUUCUGGAAAGUGUUAACAGCAUCAAACGCAGAGCAUUACAAGAUCCACUCAAUGAUGACCUACAGGAAGAAACUCGGAUAUAUGUCUGCGACAUCAACCCAAACAUGUUAGAUGUUGGAAAAAAUCGUGCCCUAGAGAAAGGUCUUGGAGAAGACAAAUCUCUUGUAUGGGUGCAAGGAGAUGCAGAAGCCCUAAGUUUUGAAGAUAAUUCAAUGGAUGGUUAUACCAUUGCAUUUGGAAUUAGAAAUGUCACCCACAUAGAGAAAGUUCUUUCUGAAGCUUAUAGGGUUUUGAAACGGGGAGGAAGAUUCCUUUGUCUCGAACUGAGCCAUGUUGACAUUCCUGUAUUUAAGGAACUGUAUGACUUUUAUUCUUUCUCGGUUAUCCCACGACUGGGAGAGAUUGUUGCAGGUGAUAGAGAAUCUUACCAGUACCUAGUUGAAAGUAUCCGCCGUUUUCCACCACAGGAGAAGUUUGCUUCAAUGAUUGCGGAUGCCGGAUUUCAGAAGGUCGAGUAUGAAAAUCUUGUCGGGGGCGUGGUUGCCAUUCAUUCCGGUCUAAAAAUUUAAUGGUAUAUCAAGCAAUUCUUCGUUUGACUUUUUAUAAUAACUGAACAUUAUCGGCAUUCUUUGCAACGAACUACCGCUGCCUGCUUGCUUCUGUUCGAUCUAGAUGGAAUGACAUCGUGAGAAGCAUUUAGGUUCAAGCAUGUUGAUCUGUUAUGCAUUUUCAGCUUUAUUUUAUAUUUCUACUAAUGCAAAAAAGUUCACUGCACUGUACAGUACUUGAUGUGAAAUAAA